AUGUCAUCAGGAAUUCAAGCAUUAUUAAAGACCGAAAAGGAUGCUGCUGAAAUAGUCAAUGAAGCAAGAAAGUACAGAACCAACAGAUUGAAAUCUGCCAAAGCUGAUGCUCAAGCUGAAAUCGAUGCUUAUAAACAACAAAAGGAAUCUGAAUUAUCAGCCUACGAAAAGGAACAUGAAGGUUUAAAUGACAAGAUUAACAAAGAUGCUGAUGUUCAAGUUGAAGAUGAAUUAAAGAAAAUCAAAGCCAAAUAUGAUGAAAAGAAAGAUUCUGUUAUCAAAUUAUUGGUUGAUGCCACCAUCAGUCCAAAACCUGAAUUACAUGUUAAUGCUAAGAAUUAG